AUGGAACACACCAUCAUCACAGGUAAAAUAUUCCCUGGGGAUUUCCUUUUCUCAUUACACAAAGAACAAUAAGGCUGCGGUGCAUACAAGGAAACGAUCCGGCAGCAUUCCCUCAAAGUCAAUGAAGUGUCAUUCCCUGAAACAAGGAAGAAUGAUGGUGAGAAUCUGUUUUAUUUCAAAUGACCUUAGUCAUGUUUAGAGUUAGGGACCUUCAUUUUUUACUGAAACUUCCCUAUGGAGGUCGUUUCAACAGACUAUAGCUAGCUCUGGGGGUCUACCCAAUGGACCAAUUUGACUUUACAAAAGUAAAGUUUGUGACUUGAUAUCAGUGCUUUACGAUACAAUCCUAAAGCACAUAUUUCAAUCACAAUGCACAAGUCUGUUGCAUGAUGUCAAUUUCCCUAAUUCAAAUAUCGUAAAGCUGCAAUCUUAGAAAAAAAGGUUCCAAAAGGGUUAUUCGGCUGUCCCCAUAUAAAUCGUGCUGGUUGUAAGUGCACCAUUUCAGUAGUACACAGCAGCUCAAAAUAAAGUAAUUCAUCCAUUCUUGUAUUAUUGUUAUCCCAGACCGUAGACCAUGCAGGCAUAAUCAUCACAAUCAUUUAACUCAUCAUACUGCAAAAGGGUUCUAGCAGGAAACAGCUGGCCUGAAUAUAGAGUAGCCAGGUGAUUGUAAAUUAUUAUAUUUUUCAAAUACCAUUUAUCUUGAUUGACUCAAAAGUAACACAUUAAAUAAUAUUAUCAAUCAAUGAUCGAUUUGGUCAAGGCCAGGCCAGACAUGCGGAAAGAAGGAACGCCUGACAGACGUCAGAUAAUAGGGUGAGGCUUUGCAACAUUGACUAUAAAUAGAACUGUUAGCUCUAUACAUCUUCAGACAACAGUUUACUUCUCAACAAGACUUCACAACAAGAGUUGUUAAAACAAAGGUAAGAUUGAAUAAAAUAAAAUAAAUGUUGCUAUAUGUUUCUCUUGUCUGGUCUGAUAAUCAGGUUAUAUUUUAGUUUUUCUGUUCUCCAUGGUAAUUCUGAUCCAUGCAUGAAUGUUUUAUUAAUAAGGAUGUCAAAUGAUUCAAACAUUUAAUUGAUUUAAUCACAGGAUUUGCUGUGAUUAAUCGCAAUUAAUCGUAAAUUAUUCAGAAUUUGCUCAAACUAAGCUGUAUAAGAUGUUUUCAGUGCAUUUUCAACGCUUUCAGACAAUGCGGUUAAUCACAAGAGGAAAAAAAGAGUGCACUAAAAUUACAUAGAGUUAACUCGAGUUAACUGAUUUACUCUGACAGCCCUAGUUUUUAUUAUUAAUAUUGUGUGCAAAAGUAUUUCGUGAUUUUUUUGUUGUUGAGAUGUCUCUGUAGUUCUCUCUCACAAUCUGAAAAGCAGCUAUAAGCAAAAGAUGUGCACAUUACAUUGAAGAGAGCAGCAUGUUUUUUUAAGGAUGGUAAACUGAUAAACCCCUUUCUGCUUUUCAGAGAUGAAGUUGUUUCCCUCUCUCCUGGCAUUGUGGCUGUGCCUGAUGUUCAUCCAGCUAGCCCUGUCUACAGAGGACAGUUUGGGUGGCCCUUUCAUUCACAGUUCAAUAGAGGAGGCAAAGAGACUCGUAGAUGAAGCCUACAAGUACUCCAGAGAAAAGUCAGUAAACCUGACAGUUGACCUCUUCAGAUCUCUGUCUUUGUAAAUUGUGUAAAAUUGAAAUAACCAGCACUAGUGUCUUAUGCAACUAACACAAUUGUCUCACUCAGUCGAAGAAACUGAUUUACACUAGCCUUGUCUCACUCAGUCGAAGAAACUGAUUUGCACUUUCUUAUUUUUUAAUUCGCUUUAUUUUUUCCUUUUGUAUUUCCUUUAGAAAAUAAUGGGUUCAUCAUUUCUAUUUCUCAUAAGUUCUUAUGAUUAGUACAAUAAAUCUGCCUCUGUACAGAGAUUCUAUUCAACUGCAGGAGCUUGUUUCUGUUCAUAACUCUGUCAUCUGCUUGUCCAGUGGUGGAAAAAGUACCCAAUUGUCAUACUUGAGUAAAAAUAAAGAUACCUUAAUAGAUAAUAAGUCACCCAGUAAAAUUCUACUUGAGUAAAAGUAUUUAGUUUUAAAUUUACUUAAGUAUCAAAAGUAAAUGUAAUUGGUAAAAUAUAUUUAAGUAUCAAUAGUAAAAGUAUAAAUAAUUUCAAAUUCCUUACAUUAAGCAAACAAGAUGGCCACCAUUUUCUUGUUUUUUAAAUUUACAGAUAGUAAGGGGCACACUCCAACACUCAGACAUAAUUUACAAAUGAGGCAUUUGUGUUUAGUGAGUCCGCCAGAUCAGAGGCAGUAGGGAUGACCAGGGAUGUUCUCUUGAUAAGUGUGUGAAUUGGACCAUUUUCCUGUCCUGCUAAGCAUAAAAAAUGUAACAAGUACUUUUGAGUGUCAGGGAAAAUGUAUGGAGUAAAAAGUAGAUUAUUUUCUUUAGGAAUGUAGCGGAGUAAAAGUACAAGUUGUCAAUAUUAUAAAUAGUAAAGUAAAGUACAGAUACCCCAAAAAACUACUUAAGUAGUACUUUAAAGUAUUUUUACUUAAGUACUUUACACCACUGUGCUUGUCCAUAUCUUAGGAGUCUGGAGAGAGUGCGUGGACAGUCCACAAGGCCCUCAGAUGUCCUGCGUCUCAUGAAGCAGCCUGCCAGGGACACGCGCUCUGCUGUACGGUCUGCAGACUACCUGGAGAACACCCUGAGACUGAUCCAUGAGAAAGUCCACCGCAACCACAGGCUGCACAAACGCUCACUCAACGCAACAGGUCAGUUUCACACAAAUACACAUAACCACGUACACACAAACACACAUACACUCAGACACACACACACCCAUCCACACACAAACACAUCCACACAUUAUUCCUUAUCUCUUGUUUCUCAGACUCCUCACAACACAGGAGCUAGACACCAUUGCCCGGGUAACCGGCUGUGCAGCUCGUGUCAGCAUACCCUCCUGCCACACCACACCCAACGUUAACAAGUACCGCACAGCCACCAGUGUCUGCAACAACCUGUAAGAGCACCAGGGGCAUGACAGGUUUUAUACUUUGACGCAACAAUUUCAAAGCCUUGUGCACAGUAGUUGUAUAAGGUGGAAUAUAAAGGUAAGUGCAAUCAGUGUAGGUCUGAGGUCUGGCUAUGCAGUCAUAGGUCACAGGAGAUGUGGCCUUAUACAGGUAACUGCCAAAAUAAAGGAAACACCAACAUAAAGUGUAUUAAUAUGGCGUUGGGCCACCACGAUCCGCCAGAAAGGCUUCAAUGCACCUUGGCAUAUAUUCUACAAGUGUCUGGAACUCUAUUGGAGGGAUGUGACACCAUUCUUCCACGCGAAAUUCCAUAAUUUGGUGUUUUGUUGACGGUAGUGGAAAAAACUGUCUCAGGCACUGCUCCAGAAUCUCCCAUAAGUGUUGAAUUGGGUUGAGAUCUGGUGACUGAGGCAGCCAUGACAUAUGGUUUACAUAAUUUUCAUGCUCAUCAAACCAUUCAGUGACCACUCGUACUGUGCCCUGUGGAUGGGGGCAUUGUCAUUCUAUAGGGGCAUAGCUAUGGUAGCCAAAAUAAUGGCAUGCCCAGCAUUUUUAUACAUGACCCUUAUCAUGAUGGGAUGUUAAUUGCUUAAUUAACUCAGGAACCACACCUGUGUGGAAGCACCUGCUUUCAAUAUACUUUGUAUCCCUCAUUUACUCAAGUGUUUCCAUUAUUUUGGCAGUUACCUGUACCUUGAGUUUCUCAAGUGAGGUUUCUCUAUUCUGAUUUGUAUUUUCUUCAUUCUUCUUAGGAAGUACCCUCGUCUUGGAGCCUCAAACACCCCCUUCACUCGUUGGCUGCCUGCUCAGUAUGACGAUGGGGUCUCUAGACCCAAAAUCUGGGACCCAAACAGGAGCUUCAACAACUUUGUGCUCCCUCUGGUAUGAUGACAAUAAAUAUACAUAGUUGGAAUAACUGCUACUAUUUCACCACAAGUUAGAUAUAAAGUAAUAUAAUUGUCUUUCAUUGUUCUCCCUCUGCCCUCUUUCCCUCCCUGUGUGCAGGUAAGGGAGGUCUCUAACCAUAUCCUGGCAACCAAUGACGCCGGUGUAGAGAGAGAUCGCGAGUUCACACACAUGGUCACCAUUUUUGGCCAGUGGAACGACCAUGACCUGACAUUCACGCCCAAAUCCCCCAGCAUCCGCGCCUUCAGCAACGGCCUGGACUGUGAUCAGAGUUGUGAACGCUCCGAACCCUGUUUCCCCAUCCAGGUCAGUCCCCGCUCUCACAUCACAUCCCACAGCCCAAUACUUACAGCAGGCACUAUGACUAUACAGUCACCCCUGUAUAUCUGGACCUUUUCUAUCCAUGGUCAAUGGAUUAUUUAAGCAAUAAGGCCAGAGGAGGUGUGGUAUAUAGCCAAUAUACCACGGCUAAGGGACGUUCUUCGCACGACGCAACACGGAGUGCCUGGACACAGCCCUUAGCCGUGGAAUAUUGGCCAUAUAUCACAAACCCCCGAGAUACCUUAUUGCUAUUAUAAACUUGUUACCCAACAUAAUUAGAGCAAUAAAAAUAAGCGUUUUGUCAUACCCGUGGUAUACGUUCUGAUAUACCACAGCUGUCAGUCAAUCAGCAUUCAGGGCUCAAACCCCCCAGUAAUAGUUCUUCAACCUCCGUCUUGUCCUCCAUGACCAGAUUCCUCUCAAUGACCCACGCUUGCCCACUGGCCCAGACAGCUGCAUCCCAGUCUUCCGAUCAGCGCCCGUGUGCGGCACAGGAAAGUCUGCUUUCAAUUUCGGUGACAUGGCCAACAGGAGGGAGCAGAUCAAUGCCCUGAAUGCCUUCCUGGACUUGGGGCAGGUGUACGGCUCUGAGGAGGGGUUGGCGCGUGACUUACGUGACCUCACCAACGAUGGAGGCCUGCUGCGUGUCAACAAAGAGUUCAAAGACAAAGGACGCGAGUUUCUACCUUUCACUGACGUGAAGGGGAACAUGUGUGCAACCCGCGGGAGAAUCACCUAAGUCACCAAUGCCACGGAGGUGCCCUGCUUCAUUGCAGGUUAGCCUUUCAACUCUGUUUGUCCGAAGAGUAGACCAAUGUAUAUUUAGGUUAAAGUGUAAGAAACAGAAUGAUGACAAAAAGCGAUAGAACUUUGACUAGAGGAAGUCUUUGACUUUCAUGUAUAAUAGUUGUCCAGAUACAGAAACACAAUGUGCAUGAUGUUAAUCUCAAUCACUAUUUGGCCUCACCUAUAAGUCUCUGUCUUCCAGGUGAUACUCGUGUGGAUGAAAACAUAGCUUUGACAUCCAUUCACACAAUGUUCAUGCGUGAGCACAACCGUCUGGCCCGUGCCCUGCGUCGUCUCAACCCACAUUGGGACGGUGACACACUCUAUCAGGAGGCCCGCAAGAUCAUGGGCGCCUACGCACAGGUACCAGUAACAGACUCAUAUCACCAUAUGAUGUCAUCUCCUUCUCUCCGCUAUAGGUCCAGUGCUCUCUAACACACACUCUCCUUCCCUCUGCUUCUCCUCCUCACACACAUACAGUAAACAGUCUUUGAUCUUCUCACGUUGACACAGCUUCCCUGUCACAUAAACACCUCAAAAUGAAUGUACUCUCACUCUCUUCUUCACCCUCCCUCCCAGGUGUUUGUGUUCAGGGACUACCUGCCGCACAUUGUGGGUCCAGAUGCCAUGGCCCGGUAGCUCGGCCGUUACCCUGGCUACAAUGAGACGAUUGAUCCCAGCAUUGCCAACGUGUUUGCGACAGCAGCUUACCGCUUUGCCCACCUGGCCAUCCAGCCCAUGCUGUCCCGCCUGGACAGCAACAACAGGGAGAAUCCCAGGUUCCCCAGCGUGCCCCUUUUCAAGGCCUUCUUCACCCCCUGGAGGCUGGUGUUUGAGGGUGAGUGGUGGUGGGUCACAUAGGAAUGCUUUGCAGACCCCUUGCCAGUUGUAAACUAAUUCACUCUCUGGAUUAUUAACAGUCUAUGAUGGGGGGAAAGGUAAAAAACAACAACAUCCUAUUCUCUGUCUGUCCUCCUUUAGGUGGUAUCGACCCUCUGAUCCGAGGUUUGGUGGGUCGGCCUGCUAAGCUGAACACCCAGGACCACAUGAUGGUGGAUGCUCUGAGGGAAAAACUAUUCCAGUUUAUAAGCCACCUGGCUCUGGACCUGGGCUCCCUCAACAUGCAGCGUGGACGUGACCAUGGCCUGCCUGGUACACACCCUCCACAUUCCAUCUAUACCGUUAUACUGCUACCACAGAUAAACACAUCUAUACUGUUAUACUGCUCCACAGAUAAACACAUCUAUACUGUUAUACUGCUCCAUAGAUAAACACAUCUAUACUGUUAUACUGCUCCACAGAUAAACACAUCUAUACUUUUAUACUGCUACCACAGAUAAACACAUCUAUACUGUUAUACUGCUCCACAGAUAAACACAUCUAUACCGUUAUACUGCUCCACAGAUAAAUACAUCUAUACUGUUAUACUGCUCCACAGAUAAACACAUCUAUACUGUUAUACUGCUCCACAGAUAAAUACAUCUAUACUUUUAUACUGCUACCACAGAUAAACACAUCUAUACUGUUAUACUGCUCCACAGAUAAACACAUCUAUACUGUUAUACUGCUCCACAGAUAAACACAUCUAUACUGUUAUACUGCUCCAUAGAUAAACACAUCUAUACUGUUAUACUGCUCCACAGAUAAACACAUCUAUACUUUUAUACUGCUACCACAGAUAAACACAUCUAUACUGUUAUACUGCUCCACAGAUAAACACAUCUAUACCGUUAUACUGCUCCACAGAUAAAUACAUCUAUACUGUUAUACUGCUCCACAGAUAAACACAUCUAUACUGUUAUACUGCUCCACAGAUAAAUACAUCUAUACUUUUAUACUGCUACCACAGAUAAACACAUCUAUACUGUUAUACUGCUCCACAGAUAAACACAUCUAUACUGUUAUACUGCUCCACAGAUAAACACAUCUAUACUGUUAUACUGCUCCACAGAUAAAUACAUCUAUACCGUUAUACUGCUCCAUAGAUAAACACAUCUAUACUGUUAUACUGCUCCACAGAUAAACACAUCUAUACUGUUAUACUGCUACCACAGAUAAACACAUCUAUACUGUUAUACUGCUCCACAGAUAAACACAUCUAUACUGUUAUACUGCUCCAUAGAUAAACACAUCUAUACCGUUAUACUGCUCCACAGAUAAACACAUCUAUACUGUUUAUACUGCUCCAUAGAUAAACACAUCUAUACUGUUAUACUGCUACCACAGAUAAACACAAUCUAUACUGUUAUACUGCUCCACAGAUAAACACACUAUAGCAUGUUAUAACUGCUCCACAGAUAAACACAUCUAUACUGUUAUACUGCUCCACAGAUAAACACAUCUAUACUGUUAUACUGCUCCACAGAUAAACACAUCUAUACUGUUAGUACUGCUCCACAGAUAAACACAUCUUACUGUUAACUGCUCCACAGAUAAACACAUCUAUACCGUUAUAACUGCUACACACAGAUAAACACAUUCUAUACUGUUAUACGGCUCCACGAUAAACACAAUCUAUAACUGUAUACUGCUCCACAGAUAAACACAUCUAUACUGUAUACUGCUCCAAGAUAAACACAUCUAUACCUGUAUACUGCUACCAUAGAUAAAACACACCUCUAUACUGUUAUACUGCUACCACAGAUAAACACAUCUAUACUGUUAUACUGCUACCACAUAUAAACACAUCUAUACUGUUAUACUGCUCCACAGAUAAACACAUCUAUACUGUUAUACUGCUCCACAGAUAAACACAUCUAUACUGUUUACUGCUCCACAGAUAAACACAUCUAUACUGUUAUACUGCUCCACAGAUAAACACAAUCUAUACCGUUAUACUGCUCCACAGAUCAACAAAUCCUAUACUGUUAUAACUGCUACCACAGAUAAACACAUCUAUACUGUUAUACUGCUCCAUAGAUAAACACAUAUAUACUGUUAUACUGCUCCAUAGAUAAACACAUCUAUACUGUUAUAACUGCUCAUAGAUAAACACAUCUAUACUGUUACCACAGACAAACAUCUAUACUGUUAUACUGCUCCACAGAUAAACCACAUCUAUACUGUUAUACUGCUCCACAGAUAAACACAUCUAUACCUGUUAUACUGCUACCCACAGAUAAACACAUCUAUACUGUUAUACUGCUCCACAGAUAAACACAUCUAACGUUAUACUGCUACCACCAUAAACACAUCUAUACUGUUAUACUGCUCCACAGAUAAACACAUCUAUACUGUUAUACUGCUCCACAGAUAAACACAUCUAUACUGUUAUACUGCUACCACAGAUAAACACAUCUAUACUGUUAUACUGCUACCACAGAUAAACACAUCUAUACUGUUAUACUGCUACCACAGAUAAACACAUCUAUACUGUUAUACUGCUCCACAGAUAAACACAUCUAUACUGUUAUACUGCUCCACAGAUAAACACAUCUAUACUGUUAUACUGCUCCACAGAUAAACACAUCUAUACUGUUAUACUGCUCCACAGAUAAACACAUCUAUACCGUUAUACUGCUCCACAGAUCAACAAAUCUAUACUGUUAUACUGCUACCACAGAUAAACACAUCUAUACUGUUAUACUGCUCCAUAGAUAAACACAUCUAUACUGUUAUACUGCUCCAUAGAUAAACACAUCUAUACUGUUAUACUGCUCCAUAGAUAAACACAUCUAUACUGUUACCACAGACAAACAUCUAUACUGUUAUACUGCUCCACAGAUAAACACAUCUAUACUGUUAUACUGCUCCACAGAUAAACACAUCUAUACUGUUAUACUGCUACCACAGAUAAACACAUCUAUACUGUUAUACUGCUACCACAGACAAACACAUCUAUUCUGUUAUACUGCUCCACAGAUAAACACAUCUAUACUGUUAUACUGCUCCACAGAUCAACAGAUCAACACAUCUAUACUGUUAUACUGCUCCAGAGAUAAACACAUCUAUACUGUUAUACUGCUCCAUAGAUAAACACAUCUAUACCGUUAUACUGCUACCACAGAUAAACACAUCUAUACUGUUAUACUGCUCCACAGAUAAACACAUCUAUACUGUUAUACUGCUCCAUAGAUAAACACAUCUAUACCGUUAUACUGCUACCACAGAUAAACACAUCUAUACUGUUAUACUGCUCCAUAGAUAAACACAUCUAUACUGUUAUACUGCUCCACAGAUAAACACAUCUAUACUGUUAUACUGCUCCACAGAUAAACACAUCUAUACCGUUAUACUGCUCCACAGAUCAACAAUCUAUACUGUUAUACUGCUCCACAGAUAAACACAUCUAUACCGUUAUACUACUCCACAGAUAAACACAUCUAUACUGUUAUACUGCUCCACAGAUAAACACAUCUAUACUGUUAUACUGCUCCACAGAUAAACACAUCUAUACUGUUAUACUGCUCCAUAGAUAAACACAUCUAUACCGUUAUACUGCUCCACAGAUAAACACAUCUAUAUUGUUAUACUGCUCCAUAGAUAAACACAUCUAUACUGUUAUACUGCUCCAUAGAUAAACACAUCUAUACUGUUAUACUGCUCCAUAGAUAAACACAUCUAUACUGUUAUACUGCUACCACAGAUAAACACAUCUAUACUGUUAUACUGCUACCACAGAUAAACACAUCUAUACUGUUAUACUGCUCCACAGAUAAACACAUCUAUACUGUUAUACUGCUCCACAGAUAAACACAUCUAUACUGUUAUACUGCUCCACAGAUAAAACACAUCUAUACCGUUAUACUGCUCCACAGAUCAACAAAUCUAUACUGUUAUACUGCUACCACAGAUAAACACAUCUAUACUGUUAUACUGCUCCAUAGAUAAACACAUCUAUACUGUUAUACUGCUCCAUAGAUAAACACAUCUAUACUGUUAUACUGCUCCAUAGAUAAACACAUCUAUACUGUUACCACAGACAAACAUCUAUACUGUUAUACUGCUCCACAGAUAAACACAUCUAUACUGUUAUACUGCUCCACAGAUAAACACAUCUAUACUGUUAUACUGCUACCACAGAUAAACACAUCUAUACUGUUAUACUGCUACCACAGACAAACACAUCUAUUCUGUUAUACUGCUCCACAGAUAAACACAUCUAUACUGUUAUACUGCUCCACAGAUCAACAGAUCAACACAUCUAUACUGUUAUACUGCUCCAGAGAUAAACACAUCUAUACUGUUAUACUGCUCCAUAGAUAAACACAUCUAUACCGUUAUACUGCUACCACAGAUAAACACAUCUAUACUGUUAUACUGCUCCACAGAUAAACACAUCUAUACUGUUAUACUGCUCCAUAGAUAAACACAUCUAUACCGUUAUACUGCUACCACAGAUAAACACAUCUAUACUGUUAUACUGCUCCAUAGAUAAACACAUCUAUACUGUUAUACUGCUCCACAGAUAAACACAUCUAUACUGUUAUACUGCUCCACAGAUAAACACAUCUAUACCGUUAUACUGCUCCACAGAUCAACAAAUCUAUACUGUUAUACUGCUCCACAGAUAAACACAUCUAUACCGUUAUACUACUCCACAGAUAAACACAUCUAUACUGUUAUACUGCUCCACAGAUAAACACAUCUAUACUGUUAUACUGCUCCACAGAUAAACACAUCUAUACUGUUAUACUGCUCCAUAGAUAAACACAUCUAUACCGUUAUACUGCUCCACAGAUAAACACAUCUAUAUUGUUAUACUGCUCCAUAGAUAAACACAUCUAUACUGUUAUACUGCUCCAUAGAUAAACACAUCUAUACUGUUAUACUGCUCCAUAGAUAAACACAUCUAUACUGUUAUACUGCUACCACAGACAAACACAUCUAUACUGUUAUACUGCUCCACAGAUAAACACAUCUAUACUGUUAUACUGCUCCACAGAUAAACACAUAUAUACUGUUAUACUGCUACCACAGAUAAACACAUCUAUACUGUUAUACUGCUACCACAGACAAACACAUCUAUUCUGUUAUACUGCUCCACAGAUAAACACAUCUAUACUGUUAUACUGCUCCACAGAUCAACAGAUCAACACAUCUAUACUGUUAUACUGCUCCAGAGAUAAACACAUCUAUACUGUUAUACUGCUCCAUAGAUAAACACAUCUAUACCGUUAUACUGCUACCACAGAUAAACACAUCUAUACUGUUAUACUGCUCCAUAGAUAAACACAUCUAUACUGUUAUACUGCUCCAUAGAUAAACACAUCUAUACCGUUAUACUGCUCCACAGAUAAACACAUCUAUACUGUUAUACUGCUACCACAGAUAAACACAUCUAUACUGUUAUACUGCUCCACAGAUAAACACAUCUAUACCGUUAUACUGCUCCAUAGAUAAACACAUCUAUACUGUUAUACUGCUCCACAGAUAAACACAUCUAUACCGUUAUACUGCUCCUGUCACGAUGUUAGAAAUGGUGUGGUGUGGAAUCAAGCGCAGAAGCAGAUGGACAGUCCAACAAGACUUUACUGUAGAGUGCAAAAAUAAAUCCAACAAAGCCAGAGGCCAAAAAGACGCACACAGGCGUCAAAACACGAGCGCACACACAGGGCGCAAAACUCUCCUCAACCGAGGAGGUAGCUCAAUGGUAAAGGCGUACCGAAACACGGGUAACGCACGAACACCUGACACAAAACAAUAAACGAUACGUAACGUCCUCAGACAAUGACUGACAAGGAACAAAAACCCACAAACACAAGGUGAACACAGACAGUUUAAAUAUGGCUCCCAAUCAGAGAUAACGAGCCAACAGCUGACACUCGUUACCUCCGAUUGGGAGUCAUUUGACCAAACAAGGAAAACACAACCAAUGACAACCCAACCAAACCAAACACAACCAAAACGAACACACCCUGGCUCAAAAUACAAAGUCCCGGAGCCAGAGCGUGACAGUACCCCCCCCUAAAGGCGCGGACUGCGACCGCGCCUCCAAAACCCCAAAUAGGGGAGGGCUGGGUGGGUGUUGCUCCUCGGAGGCGGCUCCGGCUCCGGGCUUGACCACCACCCUACUUCAAUCCCCCCGUAAUUUUCCCGAUCCGAUCUGACCCAGCUGGCUGGAUCAGGACUGACGACGCGCACCCCUGGCUUAGCGCGUGAGGCAGGAACGGACCGGACCUGGCUGACGAUACGCACCCUAGGCUUGGUGCGUGGAGCCGGAACGGACCUCACCAGGCUGACGACUCGCAUCCCUGGCUUGGUGCGAGUAGCAGGAAUGGGCUGGACCAGGCUGACGACUCGCACCCUUGGCUUGGUGCGAGUAGCAGGAACAGGCUGGACCAGGCUGACGACUCGCACCCUUGGCUUGGUGCGAGUAGCAGGAACGGGCUGGACCAGGCCGACGACUCGCAUCCCUGGUUUGGUGCGAGUAGCAGGAACGAGCUGGACCAGGCUGACGACUCGCAUCCCUGGUUUGGUGCGAGUAGCAGGAACGGGCUGGACCAGGCUGACGCCUCGCACCCCUGGCUUGGUGCGAGUAGCAGGAACGGACCUCACCAGGCUGACGACUCGCAUCCCUGGUUUGGUGCGAGUGGCAGGAACAGGCCGGGUCGGGCUGGCGACGCACACCGUAGGCUUUGUGCGUGGAGCAGGGACAGGCCGGGCUGGGCUGGCGACGCACCUCGUAGGCUUGGUGCGUGGAGCAGGGACAGGCCGGGCUGGGCUGUCGACGCACACCACUGACUUGGUGGGAAUGGCAGGAACCGGCCGGGCUGGGCUGACGACGCGCACCACUGACUUGGUGGGAAUGGCAGGAACAGGCCGGGCUGGGCUGACGACACGCACCACUGCCUUGGUGGGAAUAGCAGGAACAGGCCGGACCGUACUGGGGACACACACUACUGGCCCCACGCAGGGAUCAGGAACGGGCCGGACCGGACUGGUUACACACCCCAGUACCUCUCGCCGUGCCUCCACACUUUCCCUCUCCUCUGUGCCCAGUGGCCCCCCUAACCUGGCGGCCUUCUCUGCCAACGCUUUGCACCGCUCUAACCCGUACACCUGCUGCCCCGACGUCGUGAGCCCCCCCCUAAAAAUUUCCUGGGGGUCUCUCCUCCCCGUGGCCCAGGCCUCUCUCCCUCUUGCCAGACUCGCAAUCAUCUCCUCCCACGUCCAUCCUCUCUCCUCGUCACGCUGCUUGAUCUGGUUAAGGUGGGUUUUUCUGUCACGAUCGUUGGUUAGAGAGGACCAAGGCGCAGCGUGUUGAGCGAACAUACUUUAAUAGUAAAGUGCACACACGAAUACAAAACAAUAAACGAUACGUAACGUCCUCAGACAAUGACUGACAAGGAACAAAAAACCCCAAACACAAGGUGAACACAGACAGUUUAAAUAUGGCUCCCAAUCAGAGAUAACGAGCCGACAGCUGACACUCGUUACCUCCGAUUGGGAGUCAUUUGACCAAACAAGGAAAACACAACCAAUGACAACCCAAACAAACCAAACACAACCAAAACGAACACACCCUGGCUCAAAAUACAAAGUCCCGGAGCCAGAGCGUGACAGCUCCAUAGAUAAACACAUCUAUACUGUUAUACUGCUACCACAGAUAAACACAUCUAUACUGUUAUACUGCUCCAUAGAUAAACACAUCUAUACUGUUAUACUGCUCCACAGAUCAACACAUCUAUACUGUUAUACUGCUCCACAGAUAAACACAUAUAUACUGUUAUACUGCUACCACAGAUAAACACAUCUAUACUGUUAUACUGCUCCACAGAUAAACACAUCUAUACCGUUAUACUGCUACCACAGAUAAACACAUCUAUACUGUUAUACUGCUCCACAGAUAAACACAUCUAUACUGUUAUACUGCUACCACAGAUCAACACAUCUAUACUGUUAUACUGCUCCACAGAUAAACACAUCUAUACUGUUAUACUGCUCCAGAUAAACACAUCUAUACUGUUAUACUGCUACCACAGAUAAACACAUCUAUACUGUUAUACUGCUCCACAGAUAAACACAUCUAUACUGUUAUACUGCUCCACAGAUAAACACAUCUAUACUGUUAUACUGCUCCACAGAUAAACACAUCUAUACUGUUAUACUGCUCCACAGAUAAACACAUCUAUACCGUUAUACUGCUCCACAGAUAAACACAUCUAUACUGUUAUACUGCUCCAGAUAAACACAUCUAUACUGUUAUACUGCUACCACAGAUAAACACAUCUAUACUGUUAUACUGCUCCACAGAUAAACACAUCUAUACUGUUAUACUGCUCCACAGAUAAACACAUCUAUACUGUUAUACUGCUCCAGAUAAACACAUCUAUACUGUUAUACUGCUACCACAGAUAAACACAUCUAUACUGUUAUACUGCUCCACAGAUAAACACAUCUAUACUGUUAUACUGCUCCACAGAUAAACACAUCUAUACUGUUAUACUGCUCCACAGAUAAACACAUCUAUACCGCUAUACUGCUCCACAGAUAAACACAUCUAUACUGUUAUACUGCUCCACAGAUAAACACAUCUAUACCGUUAUACUGCUACCACAGAUAAACACAUCUAUACUGUUAUACUGCUCCACAGAUAAACACAUCUAUACUGUUAUACUGCUCCACAGAUAAACACAUCUAUACUGUUAUACUGCUCCACAGAUAAACACAUCUAUACUGUUAUACUGCUCCACAGAUAAACACAUCUAUACCGUUAUACUGCUCCACAGAUCAACACAUCUAUACUGUUAUACUGCUCCACAGAUAAACACAUCUAUACUGUUAUACUGCUCCACAGAUAAACACAUCUAUACUGUUAUACUGCUACCACAGAUAAACACAUCUAUACUGUUAUACUGCUCCACAGAUAAACACAUCUAUACCGUUAUACUGCUCCACAGAUAAACACAUCUAUACUGUUAUACUGCUACCACAGAUAAACACAUCUAUACUGUUAUACUGCUCCACAGAUAAACACAUCUAUACUGUUAUACUGCUCCAUAGAUAAACACAUCUAUACCGUUAUACUGCUCCACAGAUAAACACAUCUAUAUUGUUAUACUGCUACCACAGAUAAACACAUCUAUACUGUUAUACUGCUCCACAGAUAAACACAUCUAUACUGUUAUACUGCUCCAUAGAUAAACACAUCUUUACCAUUCAACUCAUAUCCUUUACCUAUGUUAUAAUUUCUCCUUUGAUAUACUGUAUCUAUCAGUCUGUUCCAUUCAUGCAUUAUUUCCUUUCUCUAUCCUAACCUAG